AUGGAUACGUCGACUAGUCCUCAGCGAACUGGAACCACGGCUGCUCCAUUUCAGAACUCACUGGCUGCGAGGCUUGAGCGUGGGGAGCUGAAUUUGGACUCGAUCCUUCUGGAUCGAUUCGCAAUCAACUCAUUAAAAAGGAACAAUAAAGUUCUUACAGAAUAUAUUUUACAUAAUAUCAAUCAGUUCAUUGACAUUCUAUUGAAUAGCAGCGACAAAAAUCUUCGAAAUGGAGCCUUUAAAGCACUUCAAUACGGAAAUAAAUCAAUUCUUAGAACAGUAGCAGAUUCUCCAAUAGUCCAAAAUUCUGGAAAAGGCAAUGUUACCGAAGAAAAUGUUGAUAAUCUAGCGAUUAUUAUUGAAACAGCUUUAUCUACAUUUCCAGAGUUAAUAAGAACUCAAUUCAAAUUCAUACCAAGCUUGAUAAAGUACAUAAAUCAUUCAUCAAUCGAAUACAUGUUUCAAAGCCUUCUUUCUUCAGAAGAACGUUUACUACCGAUUCACAACUUCCUCAAAUUUAUUGAAUUUCCAAAAUACGUAGCAUUUACAGCAAUGAAAGCAGAAGGAGAAGAAAAAUUAUUAUUAAUGAAGUUACUGCAAAACUGUAUAGAAAACAGAGUGUUAAUGUCAUCAUCUGUUGGAAGUGAUGCUAUCAGUCUUAUUAAAUCUUGCAUCAGUAGUGAUAACAACGAAUAUCGCAAAUUUUCAUUUAAAUUCUUAUAUCAAGCCGUAAUAAUUGAUGAUUAUGAUGAGGAAAUUGCUCGAUUAUUCAUUCCUGAUGCAAUAGAUGCAUUUAGCUGCACUUUAGGUGAUUAUUACUAUGAAUACCAAGUCAUGGCAAUUAAAUUCCUUUCAAGACUGAUCGAGCUUAGACCAGUGACAACUAUAUCACUUGAAAGUGAUAAUGUUGUCCAAAGCCUUUCCGAAAUUUUUGUGAAAUUUAAUUCGCAUUCUUUUGCACUUUCAGCCGUAUUCGAAAUGAUUUACAAGACAAUUGACGAUGCUUUGUUUAGACAGUCAAUCUUUAAUAUUUUCCUCCCGUUAGUAUUAAAUGCAAUUAAAGAGCCUGCAUCUUCCACACAGCAUUCCUUUGCACUUAGAUUCCUUCAUGAUUUAGAAGUGAUUGCAAGGAGGGACAUUUUGAUGCAAGAAGAAUUAACUCAAGAUAUAAAAUCAGCUUUUGCCACUUACUGUCAGCCAUUUGAUGACAUGAUUCGUUCUGAUUCUCCAGUAAGGAGUGGGGAACUAUACGACGAUAUUAUGGAUGUUGUUGAAAUUCCAUUUGUUCAGUCAAGACAACUAUAUGACUCUCAAGGGUUUUAA